CUCAAGCUCUUUGGCUCGAGCGUUCAUGCAGACGCCCGAGUCUUUUAGGAUCUGUACUCCUACAGCUUCCGCUUGCAGCGAUAGCUUUCGGGAGCUGAUCUCGGUGCUGUCUGACGAGCGUGACUCUGGUGAGCAGGGGUAUCCCACGACGGCGCGUCUGGGUUUCGCACCUCUGGCGGUAUUCCUGUGGACCCUGUUCACUGCGGCGAACGACGUGGACGAUCGUGGUGCGGAGGUGCCCGACUACGGUCAAAUCGAGGCGCUGCUGCCGGUGGAGGCAUGGAGUCGACGUUAUUAUCGUCAGAGCUCGACAGACGGAGUGGAGGUUUCGCUGGUGAGACGGAAGUCUGGGAAUCGCUGGGCUGUCCUUGUGCCUGGCAUGACGCUGGGUCUGACCACGAUCGCGGCGAAGUCGAGUUUCUUUUCGGAUCCGAUCGAGGGUAUACGCUGGAGGCCUCUCCCGCUUCUGAUCGAGCAUCGGACGUCAUCUAUAAUGGCGCAGGCUACUCAGGGACUGCAGGCGGGAACUGUGCCGGAGCUGCGACAGCACGCUUUCCACUGGUGCCACGCUGUGCGCCCAGCCUGCUGGUCCUCUGGUCGGUCUCUGAGCGACGUGCCGGGCGCGUGCCGCCUCGAGGACGAACGCCGGGACAACGCCCCGGCCCCCCCGGUCUCCCUGGACAACGCCUUGGUCUCCAAGCUUACCAAGGACUCGUUCCAGCAGUUCGCCGCCGAGAACAGGCUAGCGGACGGGACCUUCGUCUGACGCUGACGCUGCCCGCUGGUGUGACGCUGGCGCUGCCCGCUGAUCCGUCGGACGCUGCCUGCUGUUGGGGACCUCCGUUUUCUUCUCCUCAUCACAUUCCCCGGCCACCUGUAGGGCGAUGGCCGACGGAGGAAUUGGAG